ACACACCGCUGUCAGUGCUCGUGGAAAACGGAGAUCGGACGCGUCUCGUGUGUCCGCUCGCGAGCUCAUUGUUCCCAGCGAGAAGACAAAACAACAGUGGCAGGUUUUCACUGGAGCUGACACGCGCCCCAGACGGACUGUUUGCCUGUUUCCAGGCGCGACCUUGUUGCUCGAGAGGCAGGACGAUCUUGGCGAGAGGACAAUAGAGAUCAUUUCUGUGCAGACUGGAGGAUCGCCUUCAGAGCACUUUCUUUACUAAAACGCACGCUCGCGAAGUGCGUGUCAAGGAGCAGGAUCUGCUUUUUGCCGUUGAUCCGCGUUGGCUGCUGAAGUCGCCAUGCCCGGCUACGACUAUAAGUUCUUGGAGAAGCCCAAAAGGCGCUUUCAGUGUCCCCUGUGCAGCAAAGCCAUGAGGGAACCCGUGCAGGUUUCAACCUGCGGCCACAGGUUCUGCGACACCUGCCUCCAGGAGUUCCUCAGUGAGGGGGUGUUCAAAUGCCCAGAGGACCAGCUCCCCCUGGACUAUGCCAAGAUCUACCCUGACCCCGAGCUGGAGCAGCAGAUCCUGGCUCUUGCUAUCCGUUGUAUCCACAGUGAGGAAGGCUGUCGCUGGACAGGCCAAAUGAAGCAGCUGCAGAACCAUUUUACUACCUGUGCAUUCAAUGUGAUCCCGUGCCCUAACCGCUGCAGUGUCAAGCUGACACGCCGCGACCUGCCUGAGCACCUGCAGCACGACUGCCCCAAGCGCAAAGUCAAGUGUGAGUUCUGCGGCAGCGAGUUCACCGGCGAGGCUUUCGAGAAUCACCAGGGCAUUUGUCCCCAAGAGAGUGUGUACUGUGAGAACAAGUGUGGAGCAAGGAUGAUGAGGAGACUCCUAGCCCAGCAUACCGUGGCAGAGUGUCCCAAACGCACACAGCCGUGCAAGUACUGCGGCAAAGAAUUUGUCUACGACACCAUCCAGAAUCAUCAGUAUCACUGCCCACGUUUCCCAGUUCAGUGCCCAAACCAGUGUGGUGCCCCCAACAUUGCCCGUGAAGACCUCGCAACCCAUGUGAAGGAAAGCUGUGGCAGUGCGUUAGUGCUCUGUCCUUUUAAAGAAGCCGGAUGCAAGCAUCGAUGCCCAAAGCUGGUGAUUGGCCGACACCUGGAGGAAACCACCAAGUCGCACCUGACCAUGAUGUGUAACCUGGUAAGCCGUCAGCGGCAGGAGAUCGCAGAGCUGCGACGUGAUCUAGAGGAGCUGUCAGUGAGCCAUGAUGGUGUACUCAUCUGGAAGCUAAAUGACUACUCUCGCAAGUUGCAGGAGGCAAAAAUGCACAGCAAUCAUGAGUUCUUCAGUCCACCCUUCUACACGCACCGCUACGGCUACAAGUUACAGGCAUCCGCUUUUCUCAAUGGCAACGGUAGCGGCGAAGGUUCGCAUCUUUCCGUCUACAUCCGUGUGCUGCCUGGUGAAUAUGACAACCUUCUUGAAUGGCCCUUUUCCUACAAGGUCACAUUCUCUAUUAUGGACCAGAGUGAUCCAUCACUCUCCAAACCCCAGCACAUCACCGAGACUUUCAACCCAGAUCCAAACUGGAAGAACUUCCAGAAACCCAGCGGCAGCCGCAGCUCACUGGACGAGAGUGCGCUAGGUUUUGGCUACCCCAAAUUUGUCUCUCAUGAGGAGAUCCGUAAGAGGAACUACAUCCGAGACAAUGCGAUCUUCCUCAAGGCCUCCAUCGAGAUCCCACAAAAGAUCAUGUCUUGAGAGCAUAAACUCUUGACAUCUUGGGCCCCUUGUUCCUCCACCUGAAGUAUACUGAAGGAAAAUCCUUCAGAAAAAUGAUUUAGACUUCAUUUGUCUAAUUUGUUGGCUACCCCAUGGUGAAGCAAAAACAAAGUUAAUGUUAUACUCUGCAAGACCAGCAUGUUAUAUUUGUUUUUAUAAGUUUGGCUUCUAGUGCUUUUUACUUGCAACACAAAUCUGUGGACUCUCAACAGUGCCUAGAAAUUUUCAGUUACUUAAAAUGGUGUAAAAGGUUAUUUGUAGCCUUUGCACAUUGAGAUUGUUUGAUUUCAGUGUGGGAAACAAGGCACCACUGUUCUAAAUACACAGCAGGUGACCAAACCUGUGGGGUUUGGCCUUGGAAUUCAGUGUACACAGUAAAGCUUGCCUUUUGUUUACACAUUCUCUCCCAGUGAUGGUCCUUCAACAGAAACUCGGCAGCAGGUUUAGUGGCACAAAGUUUUCUCAUUUACUUAGCCUGAAGUAACAGAAGUGAACAGUAGCUGUGAACUGAACAUGCAUCACUUGGUCACCUCCUGCCAUUCGAGGUCUUUCCAAACUGCAUACAUCGUGCCAGAGUGUUUCGUUGAAUUUUACUGUAAAAGAAUGCUCUUGAAUUUUGAGGAGCACCGAUGGUGGAAGAACUUGUUUACAUGCUAUAGGUCUAAAAGUAAUAAAAAGAGUGGGCGGUGUACUCGGCGCUAGCAGUAAAUACUUAACAUUGCAUACCACAUACUGUGUGCUGUAACCUGCACUUAUAAAACCUCUGUUGAGUGAGUGGUUUUGGCAGACAGCAGAUCAUCAUGUGGAAACAAAAUUGUUUUGUGUGAAUGAAAUGUAAGGACUGUUUGUAAAUGUGUUCUAAACCUGGAGAUGGGACCUCCAGACAUCUAUCUUUCUCUUUGUCUUACUCUGCUGGUCACUGGCAGCUGAGAAAGUGUAUAAAGGACUCCAAUGUAUGUUGGUGCCUCAAAUGGACAGGCACUCCAUUUUGCCUUUGCAGCUUGCAAAUUUGAAAUCGUGUGUCUCCAAAAGUGAGGAAGAGGAGCUUUGUGCAAUAUGGCAGCCAGUUCUCAGACUACAGACCAGGAGGGCUCAGUCCAUAAUAUGUGAAUUCUAAUGAAAGGCAUACGGAUGCACAUUUGUACAUUCACGUUCUCCUGUUCCUGCUCUUCAUGAAAAGUCCUGAUUACACCACACUAUUAUACCAGCUAAUGUUGUCAAAUUAACAUUAAGAAAAUGUAGGGAAAGGAUUUUUUUUGCAAGAUUCUGUAUUUUCAAUGUAUUUCAAAACAUUUUAUACAACACUUUUGGACUUACAAACAAGGGAGCUGUUUCUUGAACAUUUUUGGACUUUUUCUUUGUUUCAGUCUCUCGAAAAUUUACUCCCAUGUUGUCGAUCUUCAUUGAAUUUCUAUUAUUUUUUUGUUACAUUUUCUGUCUGUACUUUAAGUUCUUAAAAAGUAUUUAUUUUAAGCCAUUGCAUAGGCUCGAUAUGCACACUGGUGCAAAUGUUUUUAUAUGUUGAUUAAUGAUUGCUUGUCAUUUUCCCCUUGAAAUAAAACAAUGACUGUAGCAA